AUGGCCAAGAGUCUGGCACGUCACGGCAGCCUGGGCCCUGAGGGGAUCCUGAGAGAGAUCCAGAUCAACCUGCUGGAGUGUAAAGUCUGCUUCGAGACGUUCAGCACUCAGCAGAGGGGGCGCAGACCGCAGAACCUUUCCUGUGGCCAUGUUCUGUGUCUGGAAUGCAUCACGGCGCUGUCCCACCCUCUCCUCAGGAAGCUGGAGUGCCCGUUCUGUCGGCAGCUGUGCAGCGUUGACAGCACCUCCCACUGCCAGGUUCUCAGUGACCUGCAGGAGCUUCUGUUGUCUCGGGUUCCUCCUCCUCCUCCUCCUCUUCCUCCUCCUCACAGGGCAAAUGGAGGAUUUACGUUGGCCACAGGUCUGACAUGCACAACUCUGCACCUCCAUGCUGCGUUUGGUGGGUGGGGGACUCUUAUCAACCCCACUGGGAUGGCUGUAUUAGGGUCUUCUGGGACAAUAAUGGUGGUGCAUGAUGGAGAGAAGAGGGUGGUGGUGUUUAAUCUCCAGGGAAGGAAGCUGCACAGUUUUGGGCGAAAAGGAAAAGCCAGUGGGGAGAUCUGCUACCCGGUAGAUGUGGCAGUGACUCCCAGUGGGUACGUGGUGGUGACGGAUGCAGGGGAUAAAGCCGUGAAGGUUUUUACCUCCAGGGGCAAUCACGUCUUGACCGUGAAGGAUUCCUUCCAGCUGCCCUGGGGUGUGGACACCGACAGCUGUGGGCAGAUUCUGGUCUCAGACGUCCAGGCCGGCACUCUGUCCCAGGUCAAAGUGGACUACAAUCAUGGCGUCCUUCUGGAGCAUCAAACACCCAUUUCGGAUCUUCAGUGUCCCAAAGCGGUGGCCUGCUGUCGGCUAACCGGGAACACGGCGGUGAUGGAGCAUCUAACCGAGGUCACAACAGAGAGGCAGCGAUGCAGAAGACUGAGAGUGUUUUCUAAAGACUUCCACCUGCUUUACCAGACGGACAGUUUCAGCCUGAGCCUGCUGUCCACGCUGAGGCUGAACAUGUCGGGGCUCGUGUUCGACAGAGAUGGAGACGUGAUUGUGACUGACUGUAAUCAGGGGAUGAUUUGUAGUUUAGGGAAGCUCCAGAACGGCCCAGUUGUAACUCCUCUAGUGGCAGAUCAUCUCAUCCGCCCCGUUGGGUUGGUGUUGCUGAACAACACGCUCAUCGCCCUGGAUAGUGGAGAUCAUACAGUGAAGAUUUAUUCUGCUGCAUCUGACACUGAACCCCUGAUGAAGCAGAUGCAUGAGCAAACUUAAAACAGAGACUUGAGUCAUGGGUGAUAUUUAUAAUCUAUUUUUGAGUUUCUUGAUUUCUAAAUACAAGUUUAGUUUUACACAAAAUGUAAAAAAAAUGUCAUGAAAGAACAGUUUUAGUUUGUAAAUGUCAAGCUAACACAUCCCGGAUUGUAUUUUUGUUAUACAGACAGUAGAGUCGGUGAUUUGAUAAUAUUGUGUUAAGCAUUGGAUUGUUUCAAAUGUCCCAGCAUUGAAAAUAAAAUCAUUCAAUAAUACGAGAA